CAACCGAGCCCCCACGAUUUGGGCAUCUCUUACUGACUGCUUGUUUCCAGACUUCAUAGAAUCAUUUCUAUAGUAAACGUCCUCUUCUGAGCUCUUCACACGAGCCACAGAAUCCUCAACCUGGCUGACGAGACAAAGCCCUCGGCACCCUAGAGUGAAGCCUUAUGUUUACUCUCGCCAGCUCUCGAGAAACCCAGAAUGGAAUUCGCGUUCUUUCUGCUUUCUCGAGACAGAGAGUGGUGAUGAUCUUUGACCUGCGUCCGGGGUUUCUGGCUUCGUGCCGCCCGGCGUGGGAGGUGCCGACGGGCUGAUUCUGACAGGCCUUUUGUCUCAUUCUUUUCAUGGACGACCAAACCCUUGAGGUUGGAGUUUGAGAAGAGAUUGUUUUUUUCACCCCAUCACAAAUUUGUAUCUUGUUUUGAGUGAAGUGAGGAUUUUGGGGUGAAAGGUUGACGGAUUGAUGGAUUUCUACGUUGGGUAAUCAUCUGUUUCUGCAUAUUAAACACCUUGGGGAGAGGUGAUAUCAUCAAGGUGGGAUGGAGGUUCGGUUCUCAGAAGGCCUGUAAAACAACUGAGUCUACUACUACCUCGUGUUCCAGUGCUUGUAGAGUGCUUGUGGUGGUCGUGAUGGUGAUGCUAGGAUGCUAGGAUGCUAGGAUGGUUGGGUGUCGGUCCCUGGAGUUCCUACUACGAGUACCAGUUACUCAACAUACUGUUGUAUCUUCGUCUUCAACUCGAAGUUGUUCAAUAAUGCAUGGCUUCCCUGGUGAAGUAGUCGCCGCAGCCAUCGAGAAAAUCAAGCCGGGCUCCUUGUCCUUCUUUCACAUAGUGCUUUUGAUUUGCGGCAAGGAAGGCGGCGGCAUAUCAUUGUCAGGGCCGCCUCGGCCCGUUCAAAGCAACACCGACACGAGCCCAUUGUCAUUAUUGCGUUGUUCCCCUGCAGUGAGCAAUGCAAUAAUGGCAAAAGAGAAAGAUCACGACGAGUGCCAUUAUUGCUUCCACACUGCGUCCGUGACUCCGGUUCGAGUUCCUGAUGCUACUGUGCCUCUACUACCUGUCUCUAAACAUUAUUCCACAUGCAACAAGUGCGGUUAACUCGAGCUCUUUGUCUACCUCCAGGUUACUACAGUAGUAGGUCAUUGUCGUGAUGAUCUUUAUGUCGAAACAAGCAAGACUGGUGGAGCGCGGCAGAACCCGUCCGUUGUGGUCCAUCCUGCACACCGUUCGAGUUCGGGCUCUUUGGUGGAGUUCGAGGCUGCUGCGGAACACUGGUAACAGGCAAAGGGAUCACAUGAUUCCGAUGGACUUUUGGCCGAGUUCGAGCCAAGGUUGACUGGACAAUCAGAUACACCCCCUCCAUCUUGGACCAGCCCGGCUGUUCACGCAGCAAUGCCAUCCGAUUCCGGAGGACCCUUGUAUGCCUUUCGAGCAUAGACGGCAUACCAGAUGGCGGAGAUGACCAGAAAUCCGACCAGAACCACACUUGCAUAGUUCAUGGUGACUUUGGUGACCGGCAGAGCAGUAGGCAUACUGAACAGGACGACUUCAAAGGCGAUCCAACACAGCGCGACGACGUUGACGAUGGGGCCAAGAACGGGUCCACAGUUCCACCGCGCGGUCGACACUUCGCGGCGUCGAUGCCAAACACUGAUUCCAAUAGGGAUGGCAUAGGAGACGGCAAGCCCGAUCACGCCGACGGAGACAAACGCCGUGAAUGCCGAGGUCGAGCCCAGAUAAAUCACUCCGAGCAGCAGUUGCACCAGAGUCACGAGCAGAAGAGCAUAAACGGGCACGCCGUGUUUGUGAUUGACUUUGGACCAGAGUCGCGCAAGGGGAAUUGCGUCGUCUCGGGCGAAUGCCCACGUGCACCGCGAGGCUGCCGUGGUGAUGCUAAUGCUGCAGAAGAGUGUAAUGACCAGGACCAGAAACAUCAGGCCCAGUCCGCCUCCAGGUGUGCCCAUCACACGGUAGAAAAUAUAUGGUAGCGCCUGUCCGUAAGGGGCAGCCAGAAUGUCUUCCAAUGGUGGAAGUGUGUAGCAAAGAGGCAAAAUGAAAAACAAGCCUGCGAGCCCGCCAACAGGCACACAUAGACUCAUCGCUCUGGGUAAUUUGAGUGCAGGACUGGCGCAUUCUUCUGCCAUCGCUGAAACCAUUCCAAGCGCGGAAAAUGUGUACGCAGGCGGCAGGAGGCCAAUAAAGAACGUGAACCCG